ACAGUGAGGCGACAGUGCUAGCCACUGUGCCACCCAAAAAAAUAAUUGCAAUGAUUUAUUUUUCAUGUAACUCCACAUACUGACCACCAGGCGUCCUACACAACACACAGAUGAGUUGCUAAAACUAGUUUAAAACUUAAAAAUAUUCACUCUUUUUAAUUUAAAACUUUAUUAUGAAGUCAUAUAGUUUGUUUUUCGAUUAUAAUGAACUAGGAGCGUUCAAAACAAACUCAAAAUAAAUACACUUUACUUAAAGUUUUUAAACUAGUUUGCUUUUGUUCACUAAAAUCCCAAAUGCUCUACUUUUGAAUCGCUAGCCGUGUAAAGACGCCUCGAAAAUGACUUUGAGGGACAGACAACUGGUUAGGAAAGUUGUCAAUCCCGUCCACGUUUCCGCUACGUGCGCCCCUCCACCUCCAAUCCCUCCCAUUUCCAACCACUUGCUUUUCCAGCUGCUUUGAGGUCAGUCAGAACCGUGAAACUGUCCGGCGACUAGACGCGAGGAAAAGCUGCUGAAAAUCACGCCAGUUCAGAGUAACAUGCCAUAAUGCUGCCGGAAUCCGUCGGCGGGUGACUAAAAAGCAGCUCCUAGGGUUGGAUUUUCCUCUUGCUGGAACUAGCCGUGGUCGAUUGCCCAAGGAAAGGGUUACUUGUUUGGGAGGAAACUCUUCCCGUGCGCGCUCUGUUUUGAUCGCGUUCACGGCGGAAUUACAACCGGGAUUCAUUUGCGUUUGGUUUUUGGGGAUUUUUCUGCCCUGAUCAACUUGAAGAAGAUUCUCUGGGAUGCGCUGGCCGCUGUAGUGAGACCCCCCUCCUCAAAUACGCCAGUUUGUAAACACUCUCAUAACUGAAUUGUUGAUCUUUCCUCUAUUCGAUGUUGAAAAUGUCGAAUCCUCCUGUGAAGUUCAAAAAGGAUAAAGAGAUCAUUGUAGAGUACGAGACUCAAGUCAAAGAGAUUCGAGCUCAACUGGUGGAGCAGCAGAAAUGUCUAGAGCAGCAGACCGACAUGAGGGUCCAGCUCCUUCAGGACCUCCAGGAUUUUUUCCGCAAGAAGUCUGAGAUCGAGAUGGAGUAUUCACGAAACCUGGAGAAACUCGCCGAACGCUUCAUGGCCAAGACAAGGAGCACCAAGGACCACCAGCAAUAUAAGAAAGACCAGAAUCUGCUGUCCCCGGUGAACUGCUGGUACCUGUUGCUGAACCAGGUCCGACGAGAGAGCAAAGACCACGCAACCCUGAGUGACAUUUAUCUGAAUAAUGUCAUCAUGAGAUUCAUGCAGAUCAGUGAAGACUCCACACGUCUUAUGAAAAAGAGUAAAGAAAUCACCUUUCAGCUGCAAGAAGAUUUGAUGAAAGUCCUCAACGAGCUCUACACGGUGAUGAAGACCUAUCAUAUGUAUCACACAGAGAGCAUCAGUGCUGAGGGUAAACUGAAGGAGGCUGAGAAGCAGGAGGAGAAGCAGAUCGGCCGCGUUGGAGAUCCAGUUUUCCACAUCCGGCUGGAGGACAGACACCAGAGACGCAGCUCCGUCAAGAAGAUCGAGAAGAUGAAGGAGAAGAGGCAGGCGAAGUAUUCGGAGAACAAGCUGAAGUCGAUCAAAGCUCGGAACGAAUACCUGCUGACGCUGGAAGCCACUAAUGCUUCAAUCUUCAAGUAUUACAUCCACGACUUGUCUGAUUUAAUAGACUGUUGUGAUCUGGGAUAUCAUGCCUCUCUGAACCGGGCAUUGCGGACCUACCUCUCAGCCGAAUAUAACCUGGAGACGUCCCGUCACGAGGGCCUGGACAUCAUAGAGAAUGCAGUGGACAGUCUGGACCCCCGUAGUGACCGCCAGCGCUUCAUGGAAAUGUACCCGACCGCCUUCUGCCCUCCCGUCAAAUUUGAGUUUCAGGCACAUAUGGGAGACGAGGUUUGUCAGAUCACGGCACAGCCUCCUGUUCAGGCUGAGCUCCUCCUGAGGUUCCAGCAGCUUCAAUCCCGCCUCACCACACUGAAGAUCGAGAACGAAGAGAUCAAGAAGACGUCUGAGGCGACACUUACUACCAUCCAGGACAUGGUGACGGUUGAGGAUUAUGACGUAUCUGAAUGUUUCCAUCAUAGCCGCUCAACUGAAUCAGUUAAAUCUACCGUGUCUGAAACCUACCUCAGCAAGCCGAGCAUCGCCAAGAGACGCGCCAACCAGCAGGAGACUGAGCAGUUCUAUUUUAUGAAGUUUCGCGAGUAUCUGGAGGGCAGCAAUCUCAUCACUAAACUCCAGGCAAAGCAUGAUCUACUGAAGAGAACCCUCGGUGACGGUUACCGGCCUGAAUAUGCAACUACAAGGCCUCCCAGUCUUCCUCCUAAACCGUUUGGCACACAGAGGGCCAGGCCACGCUCUGUAUUUAACGUUAAGCUGUUUAAUGGCAAUUUGGAGUCUUUUGUUAAGGACUCUGGUCAAGCAAUACCUCGAGUUGUUGAGAGCUGUAUUCGAUUCAUCAACCUGUAUGGCCUCCAACAUCAAGGAAUAUUCAGAGUGCCUGGAUCUCAAGUUGAAGUCAAUGAUAUCAAGAAUUCAUUUGAGAGAGGGAACGAUCCACUGACAGACGAAGAGAAUAACCACGAUAUAAACUCUGUCGCUGGCGUUUUGAAACUCUACUUUCGGGGCUUGGAGAACCCUCUGUUUCCAAAGGAAAGAUUCAAUGAUCUCAUCUCCUGUAUCAGAAUAGAAAAUCUGUAUGAAAGAGCGUUGUAUAUUCGAAAGAUCCUUCUGACUGCACCCAGAUCAGUGCUUGUGGUCAUGCGAUAUCUGUUCGCCUUCCUCAACCACUUGUCCCAGUACAGUGAUGAAAACAUGAUGGACCCCUAUAAUCUGGCCAUCUGCUUUGGGCCGACCCUGAUGCCCACUCCCGAAACCCAGGACCAGGUGUCCUGCCAGGCCCACGUCAAUGAGGUCAUCAAGACCAUCAUCAUCCACCACGAAACCAUCUUUCCUGACUCCAAGGAGCUAGACGGCCCCCUGUAUGAGAAGUGUAUGGCAGGUGGAGAUUAUUGUGAGAGUCCAUACAGUGAACAUGGAGCUCUUGAAGAGGUUGAUCAGGAUGGAGGAGCAGAGACCCACACCAGUGAGGAUGAGGGAGAGCCCAUUGAAGCCAUCGCCAAGUUCGAUUACGUGGGCCGCUCUGCGCGGGAGCUGUCAUUUAAGAAGGGGGCAUCUCUGCUGCUGUACCAGAGAGCAUCCGACGAUUGGUGGGAGGGCAGACACAAUGGCAUAGAUGGACUCGUGCCUCACCAGUACAUUGUUGUUCAGGAUAUGGACGACACGUUCUCAGACACUUUGAGUCAGAAAGCGGACAGUGAGGCCAGCAGUGGACAUGGAGGAGAGGAGAAGUGCUCCAGCAGAGACAUGGGCUCUCCGACAGACAGCAGACUGCCUGAUGCCUACAUUAGCAGGCACAGAAAGAGAAGUGACCCUCCAACCCGCAGACCUCCGGCUCGCCCAACUGACACCCACUGCCUCGUCCACCCAUCUCAUCACAGCAGCCAUACCAACCCAGAUCUGGGCUCUCCGGUGAUGGGCCACUACAGCCCGCGGGACAUGCUGAGGGGCCGAGGACACAUGCCCAUGGACAGUCCAGAGAGACGACGGCGAACAGGCCAUGGCAGCCUGACCAACAUCAGCCGCCACGAGUCCAUUAAGAAGAUGGAGAGUCCACCCAUCCGCCGGUCCACCUCUUCAGGACAGUACAGCAGCUUCAACGAGCCUCAUGUCAAGAGUCUGGACCCCGAGAGCAUCGCACAGGACAUAGAGGAGACGAUGAACACUGCUCUGAAUGAGCUGAAGGAACUGGAGCGCCAGAGCUCUGCCAAACACGCCCCAGACGUGGUGCUGGACACCCUGGAGCAGAUGAAGAACGCUCCCACCCCGGCCAGCUCCACUGAGUCCCUCAGCCAACUCCACGGCCUCCUGCUGCGGCCUGCUGGCACUGAGCUACACAUGCGCCGCAGCACCAGCUCCUCCAGCGACACCAUGAGCACCUUCAAGCCUGCGGUGGCGCCUCGUAUGGGGGUACAGCUCAAACCGCCCACCCUGAGGCCCAAACCCAUGGUGCCGGUGCCCAAAACUGGAGCGGCGCAGCAUCCGGCAGCUCCGCCACAGGAUCCAUUGGACAAAUCCUGCACCAUGUGAGGAUUUUUCAGGGACGGAGAGGAGAAAUCGUGAGAUUUGGACCACUGCAGUCAGAGCCAGAGUCAUUUCUUCAUUCUGCGACAUUUCAUUCGAUUUGGAAAGUAGACUAAGCAAAUAUAGGUAUUUAAAGUACUGUGGUUCAGCCAUUUUUGGGGAUAGUUCACCCAUAAAUGAAUAUUUACUCGUCUUUCAAACCUGUAUGAUUUAGGUUUCUUCUUCCGCUGAACGCAAAAGAAGAUAUUUUGAAGAAUGCUCUUGAAAUUCCAUAAGAAUGCUGUAGAAGUCAAUGGGGAUUCAAAGACAGUUCUUUGGCUACUUAAAGUAAUAGUUAACCCAAAAAGGAAAUAAUCUGUCAUCAUUUACUCAUUCUUCACUUAUUACAAACCUGUUUGACCUUCUUCUGUUCA